GGACGCGCGGCGCCGAGAUGCAGGCGACGGAGCUGCGGCCCCGGCGGCCCCCGCGCAGCCCCGCGGCGCGCGUCGGACGCGCCCGCCCGGGCCCCGCAGGCAGCAGCUCGUGUCCACAGCUCACUAUCGAAGCCCCGUGCCUGAGAGGCGGCGUCUCUGCUCUUGUUGAACGGAAUGCAGCGAGGCAGCAGGCUCAGAGGCUAAAUGGAAACCCACCAGCCAGACUCCCCGCGGCGAGCCCGAAGCCACAAGUGCCUCCAAAGCCUUUGCACCUGCAGAGUCCCCACCGAGCCCUGCGCACAGCUCCGCCCAGAGCCACGCCCGGCAUGGAGCAUCUGCGGCCCGGCCCCACCACCCGCGUGCCGCAGGACAAGCCCAGCAAGGUGUCGGAUCUCAUCAGCCACUUCGAGGGCGGCAGCUCAUUGUCGAGUUACAGUGACGUGAGGAAGGACUCGGCGGUGACGCUCAGCUCCCCCAGGACUCCGGGUCGGCGGGGGGUUGUAGCACCCCCCCACAGGCCCCCCGUCCAGUUCCCGCCUCCUAAGCAGGGAUGUGAUGUGGAGCCCGUGGGGGCAGCACAGACUUGCUUGGCCAAUGGGGUGAUGGCGGCGCCUGGCCCCGUGCAGUGGGAGGCGCAGAGGACUGUCCUGCCAAGCCCCGCGGGGCCGGGCCAGGGGGCUGAAGCCUUGGCCCGGAGGAACUUGAUGAACGGAGAGAGGGGAGAGAUGGCAGCCAGUCCCGUGUCCCCCAAGACCCAGGAGGACACCGGUGCUGCCCGUGGAGACCCAUGGCUGCCCCCAGAGAAGGAGGCCUGUGCGGAGCCCCAGACAGGGGGACCCCAAGGGGACACCGGGGAGAGCCCAGUGCAGCCAAACAAGCAGGACCAGCAGAACCAGCAGAACCAGCAGGACCAGCAGGAGCAGCCCCACCAGUGUGAGCAGCCCCCGGAGCUGAAGGAGACGAAUGAGCAAAAGCUUCACAAGAUAGCCACCGAGCUUCUGCUCACGGAGAGAGCUUACGUCAGCCGACUCAACCUCCUGGACCAGGUGUUUUACUGCAGACUGUUGGAUGAAGCGAACCGAGGCUCGUUUCCCGUCGAGGUGGUGAAUAAAAUCUUCUCUAAUAUUUCGUCCAUCAAUGCCUUCCACAGUAAAUUCCUCCUUCCUGAACUGGAGAAACGGAUGCAGGAGUGGGAGACCACCCCGAGAAUCGGUGACAUCCUGCAGAAGCUGGCGCCUUUCCUGAAGAUGUACGGGGAGUACGUGAAGGGCUUCGACCACGCCACGGAGCUGGUCAAGAGCACGAUGGAGCGCAGCCCCCAGUUCAAGGCGGUGGUGGACGACAUCCAGAGCCAGAAGGUGUGUGGGAGCCUGAGUCUGCAGCACCACAUGCUGGAACCCGUGCAGCGCGUGCCCCGCUACGAGCUGCUCCUGAAGGACUACCUGCGCAAGCUGCCCCCCGACGCCCCCGACUGGGCCGACGCCAAGAAGUCGCUGGAGAUCAUCUCCACGGCAGCCAGCCACUCCAACAGUGCCAUCCGGAAGAUGGAGAAGCUGAAGAAGCUGAUGGAGGUGUACGAGAUGCUGGGUGAGGAGGAGGACAUCGUGAACCCCAGCAACGAGCUCAUCAAGGAGGGGCAGAUCCUCAAGCUGGCGGCGAGGAACACGUCCGCUCAGGAGCGCCACCUCUUCCUGUUCAACAACAUGCUUCUCUACUGUGUGCCCAAGUUCACCCUGGUGGGCUCCAAGUUCACCGUGCGGACGCGCGUGGGUGUCGACGGCAUGACUGUGGUGGAGACGCACAACGAGGAGUACCCACACACCUUCCAGGUGUCCGGCAAGGAGAGGACCCUGGAGCUGCAGGCCAGCUCCGAACAGGACAAAGAGGAGUGGAUCAAGGCCCUGCAGGAGACCAUCGACAUGUUCCAGCAGAGGCACGAGACCUUCCGGAGCGCCAUUGCCAAGGACAGCGACAGCCCCACCGAGGUCUCGCACGCCGAGCUGGGGAGGAGAGCCCCGCGCUGGAUCCGGGACAACGAGGUCACCAUGUGCAUGAAGUGCCGGGAGCCCUUCAACGCGCUCACGCGGCGCAGGCACCACUGCCGGGCGUGUGGACACGUGGUCUGCUGGAGGUGCUCGGACUACAAGGCGCAGCUGGAGUACGACGGCGGGAAGCUGAGCAAGGUCUGCAGGGACUGCUACCUGCUCAUCAUCGGCUGCUCGGACGGCGAGGGCAGGAAGAGGAGAGGCAUCCUGGAGAUCGAGUCUGCAGAAGUGUCCGGAAACAGCGUGGUGUGCAGCUUCCUGCAGUACAUGGAGAAGUCGAAGCCAUGGCAGAAAGCGUGGUGUGUGAUCCCCAAGCAGGACCCCCUGGUGCUGUACAUGUACGGCGCCCCCCAGGACGUGAGGGCGCAGGCCACCAUCCCGCUGCUGGGCUACACGGUCAGAGACCUGCCGGGGAGCGCCGACCUGCCGUACGCCUUCAGGCUGACGCAGUCCAAGUCCGUGCACGGCUUUGCCGCCGACAGCGAGGAGCUGAAGCAGAGGUGGCUGCAGGUCAUUGUUCUGGCGGUCCGCGGGGAGACGCUGGAGGGGCCGGACGAGCAGCCGGACACCGGGGACGAGCCGCCCGAGCUGCGUCGGAGAUCGGAAUGCUGAGCCCUGGCACGGCCGGGCCCCCUGGCCUCCGAGCACUUUACGGCGGAAGCACAGGUCCCGGGUCGGUCCGUGGGGCCUGCGCCGGGCCAGGGCGAGCACCGGGGAGGGAGCUCUGGCGCGGGGCGCGGGCGCUCCACCGGCCGGCGUGCCUCGAACGGUGCGGGGCUCUGGGACUCGGUGCUGACGCCGGCACCGUCCGUUCCCCCCAGCGGGACGGAGGGUGCGCGAGUCUGAGGUGGAAGCUCGUUCUUAGAGGAAGCCUGAGGUUCCGGAAUCUCGAGCAACUGUGUGUACAUUGUAUCGCAUAGAAAUAUAAAUAUAUGUACAGACUCUCCGUGCUUUCCAGCGUUAGGUUCCUAUCUGCCUCUAAUUUAUUUUUAAAUGCAACGCAUGGUUACCUUGGAUGAACAGUGUUCUUCACGGUGAUGUUGGGGUGAUGAAUGUAUAAUGGACUGCCGACAAGGGCGUUGGUAUUUUUGUAACGGAACCGUCUGUCCUUCCUGUCUCGUGACUUCCCCGCAGCGUGUCAGCCGCGUGCGGCCGGUGCCUCUGCGCAGUGCCUCUCCGACGGUGCUAACAUCCCACGCAGGACCGGCCGCAGCUGACGUCCGGCUCCGUCCAGGGGCUGUGAGGUCUGGUGCCCUGGGGCCCCGGGACGCCAGGAUUUUCAGGAACCCUGUCCCCUCGCUGACCUCUGGUAACACAGGCACAAACAUGCUCACCCAAACUUGAACCGGACGGGUCCGGGACCUCUCCCAGCGCGUCCCCUCUCCUCAGCCCACGUUCGUGGGCACCCGUGCCCUCUCGCCUGCUCUCUACACGGACAUUCCUGGGGACGCCUUCCUCUGGGACCCGUGAAGCCAAAGUCCCCUAGGUGGGUGGCCGUGCCGGAGCGGACAGGGACCAUCCUGGGACUUGUGGAGAAGCGGCUCUUACUGGACGUGAAUCGGGGGACAUGAGGAUUCUACCCGUCCCCCCUCCCCGGGAGUUUCAGGGGACAGAGAGGCUCCUGCGGCAGACGCAGAGCCAAGGUCACCCCCCCCUUCCUUCCCCUUCCCAAACCCGCUGUGUCCACAUCCUCAGCUUGAGGUCUGCCUCCACGCAACCCAGGCUCCCUCUGCCCCAAGACUGGGGACACUGAGGCAGCCCUGUGGUGCUAAGACACCGGUGCAGCCUCUCUCUCUCCCCCACCCGACAGGAGGAGGCGGCAUGGUGAGCCACUCGGUUGGGGUCCCCUCCUCUGUGAAAGCAGGAGUCACCUCAGCCUGGCCAGAAGGGGCUCCUGGCACCCCAAGGUCAGGAGACUGGGGGGAAUGUGUUACUGCCUCUUGCUCCUACUUGCCGUGUGUGUGUGUGUGUGUGUGAGUGUGUGAGUGUGGGGGGGAGUAUAUGAACUCCGUGAGUGUAUGUGUGAGCAGGAGUGGGAGUGUGUGAGCGUAGGUGAGUGUGUAUGUGAGAGGGAGUGUGUACGAGUGGGAAUAGGAGGUGUGAGUGUACACGUGUGCACGUACGUGUGGGAGUGUGUGCAUGGUGUGUGUGCGCGGCAGUGUACGUGAGUAGGAGUAUGCAUGUGAGUGUGUGUGUGAGUGUGCUUGGAAAUGUAUGGGUGUGGGUGUGGGAGUGAACACAUGCAUGAGUAGGAGUGAGUGCAUGUGUGUUCAUGUGAGUAGGAGUGUACGUGUGUAGGUGAAUUGCGUGUGGGAGUGUAUGCAUGUGUGUGAAAGCGGGAGUGUGAAUGUGUGUGUGCAUGAGUGUACGUGUGUGGGAAUGUGUGCAUGAGUGUGUGUGAGUGCGAAUGUGUGUCUGUGUGUGUACGCAUGAGUGUGCUGUGUGUGAUUGUGUGUGGUGAGUGUGUGUGUGUGUGUGUGUGUGUGUGUGUGUGUGAGUGUGUGGAGCCCGCCUGGGGGUGAGGGUGCGGUGUGCCUGUCGUGCCCUCAGGGAGGUUCCUGAGGUCAGUCUCUGCUCCUGAUGCUGCUCCGGUGUUCUUUCCCCUGGGCUGAGCUGAGGAUCCUGCCCAGGGCACUGGCUGCCUUCAGAGAGGAGCAGGCCCGGAUGGGCCCCUGGCAGAGCCGUGGGUGCAGGGGGCCCCCGGCAAGCUCCAGAGGGCGGGCAGGCUGGACGUUGAGCCGGCCAGUAAGCGGAGGCGCCCGUGUCUGCUGUAGGGAAACAGGGUACCCCUUCCCCCACCGCCCGUGGGCUGCCUGUGUGGCGACCCGGCUCCUCACCGCGGCUCCUGCACAAAGCACACAGUACUCAGGGCGUGGCCGUCUGGCCGUUGUGCGUGUCCCUCCCAGAGUGGACCGCGGAGAAGCUGCCCACACUCCGCCACUCCGAGCUGCUGCACCCCGUGGGCCUCAGGUGGCCCUGUCAGGCUCGUGCCACUGUCCUGCUCCCACACGGUGCCUGUGCCGCCCACCGGGCCACGUCACAGCCCUGCACGCGUGCAGGGUCUCUGCUCCGGGAGGACGUUUGGGUGGUGGCCGCGGGCCCAUGCUGAGGGGCUCAGCGGAGGCAGACGAGUUCUCUUCUGCCACAUGGAGGAGCCGGUGCCGUCCUGGCAGAGUGGACGGCGCCGGCCAGAUGUGGCCAGGACGGGAGUUCCCGCACGCCCGCACGCUCCGCUCCCUCGCGUGGGGCCCGAUUCCCCGCACCCACGCUCCUUUGUGGGAGACUGACCAACCAAGCCAGGGUUGCUCCCCGGGUGUCUCGAACCCGCCGCGUACCCGUGGUCGGUCUGCAUGGGCGUGAGGAGCGUGGCCUGGGGCGGCCGGCACGGCCUGUUCUGUGACUCACAGUGUUCCGUGGACGUGGAGUGUGCCGGGGGCGGGGGAGUGCCCUCACCACAGCCUGUCCAGGGCCAUGUCCAUCCCCAGCGAGCAUUCAUCUGUGAGUGACCGUUGGCGGAACUUGGGAGUGUUAGAGUUUCUGAUCGUUGGCUCAUCUGUGGGAUAAGUACCUUGUGGGAACACCUGUGGUUCCAGUGUGACCGUGUCCACGGCAAGUCCCCCCUCUGCUCUAGCUGUGAAUGUAGAACCCUUGCAGUCGGUGUAUAUUGUGCGAUAUUCGAUAUUUGCUCACGUGGCAGAGAUCAGAGAUGUUGUGAAACCAAGCACUUUAAUAGUAAGCACUUGUACCUUGUAAAUAAACAUGUCACCCUUCACC